CUUUUGUAAAGAAAAGAAAAAUCUGAAAAACUUCAUCGUUCUGUGCUGUCUGUGUAUGUCCGCGCACGCGUGCGAAGGGCCAGAGCAUAGCAAAGCGGAGCGGAGUAAUCUGAGUUGAACAAGAAGCAGGCUCCGCUCGUCGUUCUUAGUUAUGAAGAUGUGAAGCAGAUCCGCAUCGCUAUCCGAACCGAACAACCUCGAACCCUAUAAUACCCAGAAAACUCUAUCCCCAACAGAACAUUAACAUACCGUAGAUCAGAGAACUUUUUCGUCGUGAGUGGAUCAUCAUGGCCGUCGUUGAGAAUGCUGCGGUGGAGUUGGUGUUGAGCGUGGGCUCCUCGAGCCGAAACUUGGAGAUUCCUUUGCUGGAAUCAGGGGGUGCAGCUGCGGCACCGACGUCAUCAUUGAACGGUUACGAUCAGAUCAACCACGGCCACGUGCGACACCUUAUCGACCCGCAGAGCUUACAAAACAACGGGGAAGUCCCGAUUCUGAUGCAUCAUCACGAUCAGCCGCUUUACGUUACUCCCACGGUGCACGUAAGCGGCGGCCAGAUGCCCCAGACGAGCUUCGAUGCGAAGAUCGUGGCCCACCGAUCCAACGAAAGGGAUUUCGCGAGGAAUGGGGACGCCAUGACCGGCGGCGGAGAGAGCUUCAAUCGGGACUUGAGGGAGUUACAGGAGCUGUUCUCGAAGCUGAACCCCAUGGCCAAGGAGUUUGUGCCUCCGUCGCUAAUUGGUUUGAAUGAUGGGUUCCACGCUAACAACUUGGCAAUGUACGGCAACAACGGGAAUGAGUUUAUUAAUGGCAACGCCGGCCGACGGUCUCAGAGGAAGAAUUAUAAUCAAGGGAAAAGGAGACCGAACACCAGGACAGGCUUGGCUCAGCGAGAGGAGUCCAUUCGGAGGACUGUUUAUGUGUCUGACAUUGAUCAACAGGUCACAGAAGAGCAGCUUGCAGCUCUGUUUAUCAACUGUGGAAUGGUUGUUGACUGCCGAAUAUGUGGUGACCCUAAUUCUGUACUUCGUUUUGCCUUUAUUGAGUUUACUGAUGAAGAAAGUGCAAGGGCUGCUUUAGAUCUGUCGGGGACGAUGCUUGGAUUCUACCCUGUGAGGGUGCUGCCUUCUAAAACAGCUAUUGCACCGGUUAACCCAACUUUUUUGCCUAGGACAGAAGAUGAACGUGAGAUAUGUGCAAGAACUAUCUAUUGUACAAAUAUUGACAAGAAGGUUUCUCAAGCUGAUGUCAAACUCUUUUUUGAAUCAGUCUGUGGAGAGGUUUUUCGCCUGAGGCUACUAGGGGACUACAACCAUUCCACUCGUAUUGCUUUUGUUGAGUUUCUUAUGGCUGAAAGUGCAAUUGCUGCUCUCAACUGUAGUGGUGUGAUUCUGGGUUCCCUGCCUAUAAGGGUAAGCCCAUCGAAGACGCCUGUCCGCCCGCGUGCUCCUCGUCCUCCAAUACAUUGAACUCCUUUGGCUCCCCAGACUGAUUAACCAUUCCAGUUUAUCUAUAUUCAAACACACACACACAACAUGUAAAGAUGUUUUCCAUCCCUGGUUGGUCUAUUUAAAUAUCGCGCCGUGCAUCGAUGCUGUGCCAGCUUUUGUCAUCAUAGGGAUCAUGUCAUGUUUAUCCUAGCAUAUAUAGAGUUGGACAGAACCUUGGAGUCUCUGGAAGAUGUUAUGUAUACUGCACUGAGGUUUCUGACUCAUGGAUUGGGUUGUUCCCAAGAUUAAUCACUACACUGAGGUUUCUGACUCAAGUAGACCCCAUCUAUAGCAUCUUUGUGACACUAAUGAAGUGGUCCUUUUGUUA